AACUUAUUGAUUUUUAACUGGUGAUCGCGUUUUAAGCCCCUCCCUCACUAUAGCAGAAUGGAUUGACGAGUAUGGUCCUCUGAUCAUCAUUCGGUCAAGAUUUGAGAAGAUCGUUAUUAUUGGCCGUUACAAGGUCGCCGUGGAUAUUAUGGAGAGGGGAAAUUGAUAGCUGACCGUCCUUGCACUAUUGCUGUUGGAGAAAUAUAUUACGGCGGAAUGAGUGUCGCCUUUACGUCCUUUGGGGACAGGUUCCGUCGAAUGCGUAGAGCACUUCAUUCACAUCUCAAGCCUAAGGCAACUGAGGCCUACCAGCCUCUGCGGAUGUUACGCGCGAAGAACACAGUUCUCGGCAUUCUGGACGAUCCACACAGCUUCCAGAAUCAUGUACGAACGUAAGUGCUUUCGUCCGCUGCAACAAUAACUAUGAAAGUUACAUGUGGAAUGACUACGCCCACAUCCGCGACCGAUCCCGAUUUUCCAGUAAAUCAGGGCGAUAUGGGCAUUGGCCCUUUCGUACGCGCGAUAUAUGCUAGAGAAUAACCAUCUCCAUAAUUUGAUGGAGGCUGAGAUGGCCUUUCUUAGUGCUGUCUUUAUUUUAUCUGGACCCAGCUCGGUGAUGUGUUGUUUUGUUGUCUCAGAAUAUACGUGGCUAAAAUCAGACGGAAGACUUCUGCGACAAUAUGCACGGUACUUAUGGCAGCCCCAUGUUUCCCCGAGGAACAAGCUA